AUGAAUGUCGUUGCUGAAGCGCUCAACGACCGGCUACCAGUGGAAUAUGCUUUCCGAUACACUGAUCUUUUACUAGAAGAAGCAAGGCAACGCGGUGACCCUAAUGUCGGCGAACACCAUGCAGAAACAAUAUAUGAUACUGUAAGAGCUCUUGUACAUCAGUUCGAGGAAAAGAUCAUGCUUUCAAUCGGUCAAACUGUCGGCGAAAUUAGCAAUGAAUUUUCUCAUGUAACAUCCAGGAGAAAUAAAUAUAGGAGCAUAUAUGAUAAUGCAACUGGAAAAGCACCUGCAGCUGGUCAUUGUACGUCAACGGCUUUUAGGAGGCAAAGCCUCAAGAAUUUUUACGAUGGGCAAUCAUUCGUUGGUGAUAUACCUUUAAAAAAUGCAUCCAGACGGUAUAUACUAAAGAAGGGAGAAGGGAGAUUGUCGAAGAAUAAUACAAAUCAGCGGAAUCGUGGACAAAGAGCUAAUGUAACAGCUACGGGAAACGCCAAGGCAGGGGUGGCCUCUAACACCACGUCGGCUUCCGCGCUAGACGUAAGACCGUCAAAAACUACAGGAAAUGCCCCUAAAUCGUCACAAACAUGCCAAUCAAAAGCUAUUCAACCGAAACAGCCUUUAAAAACAAACAAUAAGGAGACAUCGCAGGGUGUUGCUUGUACAUCGGCACCAAUUGUCGCUCAGGAAGUAAACAGAGACGACGAAAGGGAAAAAACGGUACAACCUCCGCCAUUCGAGGUCAAAACACUUGCAAGCAUCAGUAGUGCCAAUGAUACGCCGGAGCGCGGUAUAGACAGUGCAAAUGUCGUCGGCAAACGACAACGCAUGAUUUCACAAUCGAAACCGCCCGUCCGUGGAGCUACAAAAAAUUCCCGUGGAAGUUUCAAGAAUGCUAAAAGACCUGUCGAAGAUGAUGGAGGUUUCAAAACUGGGAUGGAUUUUUUGGCCAAGCGUUGUGAGGAUGGAGAGGCGCCUCCGGAAAUUGACAUAGAUAAGCUGAGGAAAACGUGUGGAUUGAGUCACCCACAAAAACAAAAUUCAAAUAAAACGAGCAUAUUCGCAGGUGAAGGUCGUAGUAACCAACAAACGGUAAUACCCGAACGAUAUAUGCCACUGGUUAGUGCAGACAUCACCGCCGAAAUUAUCAGUAUUGCCCUUGACAUGAGAGUGGAUGCUGGCAUGUACAACAUAACGGAGGAUGAAAUCGCAGGGCUAGACGAUGUCAAGAAGACACUUAAGGACAAAGUAGUACAACCUAUACUUAGGCCUGAACUGCAUACAGGGCUGCUUAGGGCUCCAAAAGGGUUAUUGCUGUUUGGCCCGCCUGGAACAGGGAAGACUACCCUUACGAAGUGGGUUGCAAAAAUCUCAGGGGCGACUUGUUUCGAAGUCUCCCCCAGCUCUAUAACCAGCAAGUACCAUGGGGAAACUGAAUCUAUAAUCAAAGCUCUAUUCAAAGUGGCCGACUUGGAUCAUCCGUCUAUCAUCUUCUUUGACGAAGUAGACGCACUACUCAGUAAGAGAACGGGAAAUGAACCCGAUCUUUCCAUCCGAAUGAAGAAUCAGUUGCUUCAAAUGAUGGACGGCUUACAUUGUAGCAAUAGCGAGGGAGUUGUGGUUGUCAUAGCUGCGACAAACCGACCCAUGAUGUUAGAUGACGCUGCUCUUAGGAGGUUUGCUAAACGUAUACUUAUCCCUCUACCUGACAGCUCCAUACGGAAAAAAUUUAUCUACGAUACGCUCCGAAAGAACUGGAAGGGUAAGUGUGAACUCACGGAUAAAGAAUUAGAAGAACUCGCGGCAUCCACAGAGGGAUGGAACGGCAGUGACCUGCUAGCUUUGUGUACUAAAGCGGCAGAGUACUCAUAUGAUGACACUGUGGAGGCUUAUGGAGGAAUAGAAAACGUCCCGGACGUUAGCGUCUUUAGGGAUAUAAUAAUGAACGAUUUUACUCGUGCCCUGCAGCGAGUACAUCCAUCUUAUGCCGCAAUGGAUCAUGCUUCUUUCGAAGAAUGGUACAGAAAACACGGUUCGCACUGA